AUGUCUAGCUUUUUCGGCACCAACUCAUCGACAGCUGCGUCGUCAGCGACGCAAACGCAGGGCGACCUCAAGGGCGAUGUGGCCCUGAGCGACCCCCCUACCGACAGCAUCUCUGACCUCGCUUUCUCUCCCGCCCCAAAUGGCCCAGACUUCCUCGCCGUCUCUAGUUGGGACAACAAGGUCCGGAUUUACGAGAUUGCUCAGAAUGGCCAGAGCCAAGGCCGUCACGCUUACGAGCACACUCAACCUGUCCUUAAUUGCGACUUCUCAAAAGAUGGAACCAAGGUCGUUUCUGCAGGAGCCGACAAAAACGUCAAGGUCUGCGAUCUUCAGUCACAACAGGACGCCAUCAUCGGAACCCACGACCAGCCCGUGCGCACCGUCCGCUUCUUCGAGAGUAACGGCAACCCCAUGAUCGUCUCCGGGUCAUGGGACAAGACCGUCAGAUACUGGGACAUGAGGCAGCAGACUCCCGCCGCCACGGUGACAUGCAAUGAGCGCGUGUACACCAUGGACGUCAAGGACAACCUCUGCGUCGUCGGGACCGCAGACCGCCAUAUUCACGUCAUCGACUUGAAGAACCCUACCGCAUUCUACAAGUCGAUCCAGAGCCCCCUCAAGUGGCAGACGAGGGUGGUCAGCUGCUUCGCCGACUCAGCCGGUUUCGCCAUUGGUAGCAUCGAGGGUCGCUGCGCUAUCCAAUACGUCGAGGACAAGGAUGCUAGCUCCAACUUCUCCUUCAAGUGCCACAGAGAUCCCGCUCAGAACAACACCACCAGCGUCUACUCCGUAAACGACAUCUCCUUCCACCCUGUUCACGGCACCUUCAGUACUGCCGGAUCAGACGGUACCUUCCACUUCUGGGACAAGGACGCCAAACACCGACUCAAGGGAUACCCCCAAGUCGGCGGCAGCAUCACCUCGACGACAUUCAACAAGAACGGAAGCAUCUUCGCCUACGCCGUUAGUUACGACUGGAGCAAGGGCUACCAACACAACACGCAGGCCUACCCCAUCAAGGUCAUGCUCCACCCCGUUAACGGCGACGAGUGCAAGCCCCGACCUUCUGUUAAGAAGAGGUAA